AUGUCUCCCUUUCAGGCAUUUUAUGGGUAUGUACUUCCACACAUGGAUUUUCCAACUACUGCAACGACAUCUAUGGCUGCAGUGGAGUCAUACUUAAAGGAUAGAGCUAAUAUGCUGGACUUACUCAAAGAAUCACUCAGCAAGGCUCAGGAACGUAUGAAACUCUAUGCUGACAAUUCAAGAGUUGAAAGAUCAUUUCAGGUACGAGAUCUUGUAUAUUUGAAGCUUCAACCAUACAGACAAACCUCUGUGUCUCUCAGGAAAAACUUCAAACUUUCAGCAAAGUUUUAUAGCCCUUUCAAGGUUCUGCAUAGGAUUGGAAAUGUUGCUUACAAAUUGGAAUUGACAUCUAGCUCUCGUAUACACCCUGUCGUCCAUGUCUUACAGUUGAAGCAACACAUUGGUCUCAAACACACUCCUUCUUUUGUAUUACCAGUCGUCGACCCUACUGGGAAUGUAAUUAUGUUACUUGAGAAAGUGUUGCAGACAAGAACUAUCCUCAUCGGAAAACAGCUAGUGCAACAGGUUUUGAUUCAAUGGGCACAUUCUUCACCGGAGGAGGCUACUUGA